AUGUUGACGACGGAAGAUCGCGAGACGCUUCGGCUGCUUGUUCAGCAUGUUUCCCGGGCAUUUUACGAGCCCAAAUACACCAUUAUCAUGGACCAGCUCGCGAGGCACACCGUCCUCAAGGACGAUGACUUGGCCAGUCGGAUGGGUCUCCAGCCCAAAGAACUGAACAAGAUCAUCGCGACGCUUUCCAACGAUAGGCUUGUACAAAUAUACCGGCAAAAUGAACUUCGUGAAGGAGCCCAGCGUGCCACCUCGAAGCAAUAUUACUACAUCGACUACGAACAUUUCUGCAACGUUGUCAAAUGGAGAAUAGCGCGAAUGAGAAAGCAAAUCGACACCAAGGCUAGGAAUGAGCUUGACAACAAGGGCUACAUUUGCCCUCAAUGCAAAGCCUCGUACACGCCACUGGAAGUCGACAAGCUCAUGGACAUGACGUUGAACGCCCUUAUAUGCGAGAUAUGCCAUGCCGAAGUAAUCGACAACGAGGAGGCUGAAUGUGUAUUGGGAAACAAAGACCGGAUGCAACGGUUCAACCACCAGAUGCGGUUUAUUCGUGCAGGGCUGCAGAAGAGUGAGGACAUGACGAUGCCUGCUUUUGAUGUUGCAACUUGGGUCAAGGCUCAUCAACCCGAUACCGAGAAACAAGCUGAAGCGACGCCUGGGGCCGGUCUCAAAAUUGCCGGCUCUGACGGUGUCAAAUUUGAAGAUGUGGGCAUUGGUGUCCUCAUUUCAACAGACAAAGACGAGGCCACACGUCGAAGAGAACGGGACGAGCAGGCGCAGGCGAAACGACAGCAGAACACUUUGCCAGAGUGGCAUCGUGUUAGUACGGUCUCGGGGCAGCUUACGGCGCUGGGAACCGAGCAACAGGCUCGUGAGGCGGCAAAAGAGGCGGAGAUGAUGCAGGCUGGAGCGGGUGGAAGCUCCAACGACGAUAUCUUACGGGGUUUGGGUAUUAUUGGGAUGAAGAACGGGAAGGAUCAGAAGCCGUCGAUAACCUUCACGCCUCAGGUGGAUGUCAAGCCGGUCAUCAAUGCGGAGUCGCAAUAUUACGACCACUAUUACGCCUCAUUGCAAAACUCUGCGCAGCCUACGCCAACUUUGAGUAUGCCAGGGAGCUCAGACUUUGACGACAUUGAAGAGGAGGACCGGAAGCCGCAGCCUGAGUAUCUUGACUCGUUGAACGAGUACAAGAAACGGUCGCGUUCGCGUGAGGAGAUGGUCACGCCCAACAAGACGCCAAAAUUGGAGGAGCCGGAACCAGUGAUUUUGACAAAUGGUCAUAUAGAUGUGGAGAUGGAAGUAGAGCCGCUGCCAGAGGCACCCAAAGACGACCCGAUUGUGUAUGUGAACGGCAACCCGAUGCCCUUUUCACAGGUCACAGAAGCAGAGCACGACUUGAUGACGCCAGAGGAGUAUACUGCAUAUUUCCAAGUCGCACAGGAGCAGGAGAUGUAA